GUGUGUGAGGAAGAUGACCAUGAACGAAAGUCACCAGAGGUUCCUCCAGGUGCUAAUGUCCCAUGGCAUAUUGGAAGGUUCUGUAGCAAGGACAUUACAUAAACAUUGCUGUAAUGUUCACAAAGUUCACUAUAUCCAUGACAAGCUAGAUGACUUUGUGUCUAUCAUCAACAAACAUUUGCAGCCUGUGUUCAUGCAAAUUAGGAAAGGAACUGAUGAAAAUGAUGGAAAACAUUACUACACUCUGGUUAACCUUGCAGAAAAUGAAGUGACUAAAAUGUCUUUAGAUUAUGCAGAAAAUGAGCUGGAGUUGUUUCGAAAAACGAUGGACCUAAUUGUUGACUCUGACAGCGGGUUUGCAUCCUCCACAAACAUCUUGAAUCUUGCUGAUCAGCUUCAAACCAAGAAAAUGAAGAAAAAGGAGAUUGAACAACUAUUGCAGGACUUUGUGCAAGAAAAGUGGCUGAUUGAGAAAGAAGGAGAGUACAGUCUUCACACUCGUUGCAUAAUGGAAAUGGAACAUUAUAUUCAGAAUACAUACCAAGAUAUGGUCAAAACAUGCAACAUUUGCCACAACAUUGCAAUUCAGGGACAAAUUUGUGAAAAUUGUGGUAUCAAGAUUCACUUGACAUGCGUGGAAAAGUAUUUCAGAGGGCAGCCAGGGCCAAGAUGCCCGCAGUGCACGGAGCCAUGGAUGCAAGAAAUUCCAAACCAAUCCUUCAUCGCAGAGGCAGCUUAUCUAAAGGGCUGCUUCACACCAGCCCUGUUGGGCAGCCUUGCCCAACUCAGUCCCAAUGCAAAGAGAAGGAGAGCUUUGUGGCUCAAAACUUGGGCAGGAGAUGCAUCCUCUAAGGCAAAGUUAUGCGGGCUCCCGUUUAAAGGGGACUUGCUGUUUGGCCAGGAGUUGGAGGCAGUGUUGGAUAGAUCCGAGGACAAGAAGAAAGGUUUCCCCUUGCCACCCAAGCAGAAGGGGAAACAGUUUUUUCGUGGUCAAAGGGGUCAAAACUUCCGUAAAGAGAAGAGGGGACUUUAUGGGAAGAAGCAAGACCAGUCGAAAGGGUGGGCGUUUAAAAAGGGGAAGUCAAAGAGUAAUUUCCUCUUUAACCCACCUCAGCAGCCCAACAAAUCCCAAUGA